AUGUGGUCACAAGCGCAGACCUAUGCAUGUGGCACGGACAAGCCGUGUCCCAUAGGCAAGGCUGAUCAAGGGCAUUUCUUCCAGAGAAACGUGAAUCCAUGGGUGGACAAGAGAGAGGUUUUCGAUGCCUAUGGCAAGAGAAUCGACUGCGAGGGAGGACGACUAACAUAUGCUUGCUACAAGAAAAGAUGGAAACCUGAGGAGUUCAAGCCAACUGUCCGACCCCACUAUCAGCACUCCCCGGUCAAGGACAAGAGACCUCCAGUGAGACAAAGUGACAAUAAGGGGACGAGGAAGGGGGAUGAAGCGUCGCAUUCGGAGGAGGAGGAGCAUGUGGUGCCCACUGGAUCGGUGGCGCCGAAGACGGAGGAGGACGAAGGUGAAGCAGAGAGACCUGAAGUCUCGUCUCAGCCCAAGGAAGAAACCAAAGGAGGAACGACGGGAGAAACCUCAAGCACGAGCAAGGAAGGAGAACAAGGAAGUUCGGAGGAACAGACAAGUCAAGAAUCCAAGCCCGAAUCGGAGGGACAGAGCGUUCCAGGAACGACAGCAGGGCAGGAGCACGAAGAGGAGCAUGAGGAGACGAAUGUUGAGACAACUCCUCCUCCUCAGGCUGAGACUCCCUCCACGUCACACAAGUACGUUCACAAGAAGAAGCAUCGCAAGCAUCCCAAGUGCAAGGAAGAGCCUCCUGUAUGGAUGCGGACGCGUUACGACUCCUUCAUCCCCCCCUCCCCCUGCCGCAUGUACCCAGUCGUUUCUGAAAGGAAGGAGCCGCAGAGGGUAGAGUACGACACUUUCCGCGGAGGAGCUGAGAAGGAGAUGCAAACUUUCAAGGAUCAUCUGCUGCACAACAUGCAAGGCAUCAUCCCCGACAAGGUUGACAUUCAACUUCCGGUCGCAAGCACCGGGCACAGCGUCUUCAAGGACGUGUUGCGCCUGUUCGUGUCCAAGGCAUUGAACGAGGGGGGCGGGAGGAGGAGGAGGCUGGCGCGAAAGCUGCUGCUGAGGCAACAAGGCAUGUGCAAGGCAGCAUUCGAACUACGAUAG